CGCUGUCACAGCUGUUCACUGUUUGUACAAUGUUGUAAUUACGAUCAUGAACGGCUGAGGUUAGACCUAUAUCAAAACUUUCCGUAAUAAUGUGUGAUUUGCAUAGAACUCGAAAAUUUUCCAAAAGUUAUCUAAUGAUAUAGUAAGCCAACAUUCGUGCAUGUUGAAAAUAAAUUUAUAUGUUUUCAAAUCAUGAGAAUGUAGUUAUAUAGAUAGAGGAUAUGUAAACGCCGUUGUUUAUCACAAAUUUUAUACCUCUACCAAGUAGAGCUUAAUGAUAUGCAGACACCUUUAAUACUUUAUCAAACUAUAGAACUUGACAUCAAAUAUUUUAGCAGCAUCAAUAAUCAUUAAAAUGGAUAAGUGAAAAUGAAGCUUUUAAAGCUUAUUGUACAUCAGAAACCCUUCAGUGGAGAAGAUCUCAUUAUCAAUCCUAAGGAUUAUUCUGGUAUCAAAAAGGGAGAUGUUGUUGAGAUAUAUCAUCCUGAUGAUGAAUUUAGCCGCUUGCUGCUUCAGGUUACUUCCUUCAAGGAGGACUUACAAACAAGAGAAACGAUUAGCGUUGAAUCUAACAUAGCAUCCAUGUUUCAACUACGAACAUUUAAUGAUGUAUACAUGAAUAUAGUUAAUCCAGAUGAUGUUGCAUUAGAUUCAGUAGAACUAACAUUCAAAGACCAAUAUAUGGGCCGUAGUGAGAUGUGGAGACUGAAAAAUAGUCUGGUCAACACAUGUGUUUAUAUGAAUAAAAAAAUAGAAUUCUGUGGAGGAAGCAUACGAUGUCAAGUAUAUGAAAUGUGGUCUCAGGGAGAUAGAGUAGCCUGUGGUGUGAUAACUGAUGAUACUAAAAUAGUUUUUCGUUCUUCUACAAGUAUGGUUUACCUCUUCAUUCAAAUGAGCUCUGAAAUGUGGGACUUUGAUAUCCAUGGUGACCUUUAUUUUGAAAAAGCUGUGAAUGGAUUUCUAGCAGAUUUAUUUCAAAAGUGGAAGAAAAAUGGCUGUAAUCAUGAAGUAACUAUUGUCCUUUUUUCAAGAACAUUUUACAAUGCCAGCAAACUUGAUGAGUUUCCUCAUUAUAUGCGCGAGUGCCUACAACAAGAUUACAGAGGAAGAUUUUAUGAAGAUUUUUACAGAGUAGCAGUUCAAAAUGAGCGAUAUGAAGAUUGGAGUAAUGUGUUGGUGCAAUUGAGAAAAUUAUUCACAGAUUAUCAGAAAAUUGUUUUAGAGUAUCACUGUAGUAAUGUCAAAUCUGAGGUUAUUAUUCCUAAAGCAAGUAAUUCAACAGCAGCUCAAGGCAAUUUUUUAGAAGUUUUGAAUAUGUCAUUAAAUGUAUUUGAAAAACAUUAUUUAGAUCGUAGUUUUGAUAGAACAGGCCAGCUUUCAGUUGUUAUCACUCCAGGGGUUGGAGUUUUUGAAGUAGAUAGAGAACUAACAAAUGUGACAAAGCAGAGGAUUAUUGAUAAUGGUGUUGGAAGUGAUUUGGUUUGUGUGGGAGAGCAGCCCUUGCACGCAGUUCCAUUGUUAAAGUUCCAUAAUAAAGAUUCAUCUAUGAAUGUACCGGAUGACUAUAGUAUGCCUCACUGGAUAAAUUUAAGUUUUUAUUCUACAAAUAAGAAAAUUCCCAAUUCGACCUUUAUUCCCCGCAUUAAAUUGCCGCAACGAAUAUCAAAGAACUGUUGCGAGAUCAGUAAUGGCAAGCUUCUGAACAACAAAACGAAACUUCUGCAAGAAGAAUCGAGAGAAUAUUUGCACAACUCUUUCUUCGAUUACGACGCUUAUGAUGCGCAAGUUUUUCAACUGCCUCCUAUUCACACUUCGAGCUUGCAACGAAAGUCAACGAGAACAAAGAAGACCAGUGUUGUGUGCAUGGAAACUCACAAUAAUGCGCAUGUUCUUAAACUUCUAAAAAGGAAAAUGUCAGAUCCGGAUAUUCAUCAUCCACCUCCAGAAAGUCAUCCAAUAGUAAAUUCUACUUCACGCAGCGCUGCUAUAAGCAUUCCACUUAGAUGUGAAACUGUUACGAGCAACGGAUCUAAUAUCGAAGCAACAGCGGCAUCACGUAUGUCACUUAAAAGUGACAUCACGGACAAUGAGAUUUCACCUCCAUUCAGACCAGUAGUAGGAAGUGCAGGCAGCCCGAACGGCAGUGCAACAGCUUAUCAGCCAAUGGCGGGCGUUAGACCGAGUCGAGCUCUCAUCAAUCCCUUUGACCCUUCGCACGUAACAAUUAAACUAACGAGUAACCGUCGUCGUUGGACACACAUCUUUCCCAAAGGACCUACCGGUGUACUCAUUCAGCAACAUCAUUACCAAGCUGUGCCUGCUACUCAACAACAACAACACCAACAACAACAUCAUCAUCAACAGCGUCACGAGCAAAAUAACGAUGCAACGUCGAUGCUUAGUAGCUCGCCUGUUGAUCCGAACUAUGGAUAUGCUAAUAAUCAGGCAGGCUUAAUGUCGCGUUCGGCUUCACAGAUCUGCUUUAAUGAUCAUACAAAAAGUAAAUCGCGCAUGAAUCUGCCACUUACGAACACCAUUGAUAAAAGAACAAGUGGCUCAAAAAGUUUAACAUUACUUUGGGGUGCGACUGGUGAACAGGAGUGGACACCUGCACUCACCACGGCGAUCAUAGGCGUCGAUUGGAAGUCGCUGACGAUAUCGGCUUGUCUACCCAUCACGACUGACUACUUUCCCGACAAAAGAAGCUUGCAGAACGAUUACGUUGUGUCCGACUACAAUCUCCUGCCAGACGACGUCAAUGCAGAUUUCGCCCAGCAACGUGCUAUUUACAGGAAGCCGUUGUCAACUGCCGAAGUCUUUAAAGAACUUGUUUCACAGCGAUUGGCACAGGGAUUCCAAUUGAUCAUUCUACCUCCGAGCAAAAAUCAAAUAACAACGCCAGGUUCCAAUUCAGUACCUCCAAUCAGUUCGGUGAUGCGUGGAAGACAAACUGAUUCGGAGCACAAGGAGGAGUACCUGUUAAGCAUAGGAAGGAUAUUCCACAAAAUUUCACUCAGUGGAAAUGCAAUUAGCGUAACGAGAUAUAGACCAAGGCAUCCGUAUCCUCCUUUCAAUAUUCACUAUCGAUAUCGUUUCCACGCACCGUUCCAUGACACUUAUGAAGUUUCAUGGGUCUCUUUUGCGACUGAAAAGCUUGAGACUUACAAUUGGAAUUAUCUAGACCAUUAUAUUUGUACGAGAGGAGAUACAGAUUUUGCUUUAGUAGAGGCUUUGAAGUACUGGAGGUUUCGCGUAUUUCUAUUGCCACUUCAUAAUCAUGCGACGCGGAAAAUUCAAGAAGGCUCACCACAUUGUGAUAUCUAUAUACCACCAACGCAAGCUGAACAAAUUACGUUGAUGGACGGUUUCCUGCGUUUCAUCGAAGGUUGGCUCAACAAAAUCCGCAGACCGCACUCCAACAAAAACUUGAGCCCGACAGCUCUUGGCGGGCCACUCCCAAGAGAUCCUGCCUCUCACCUGACCAGACGUAGGCAUAGCACGAGCCUCGUAUCCCUCACUAACCAGCAAAACAACCUCGUAGGCAAUUCACCGUUCCGAGAACGUCUGGGAAGCAAUCGACUGCCUGAGAAGCCUAGACCAAGAUCUGGUUCGAAGGUGAUGGAUCGCGGGAGAGUAUCGCCAGCCAGCGAAGUUGUUUUACCUCUAGCGAUCGAGCAACAACAACAAGAUCACUUAGAAGUUAACGAUGAAAAUUUCGUCCCAGAGGUUACGAAAAUAAAAAGCACAUCUCCUGCCACGGAGAUACUCGAAGCUAUGAAGCAUCCACAUAAUGGAGUAGGUUUUCUCACUCAGCAUCCUUCACUGCCUAGUCAAACUUUCGUAAGUGCUGAUGCUGUACAGUGGUUAAAUAGCCAUAUCGAGGGUGGAGUUACUGUUGAAAAUGCCAUUACCAUUAUGAAGGGAAUGAUUCAAGAGAAGUUGAUUUGUCAUGCAUCCGGGGACUUUUCCAAACCAUUUAUGCUUGGAUUUUACUUGUAUCAUAUCGUUCAAGAUAAAGAUAGUCAAAAAGGAGUCGAAUAUUCUCCUCCGCUGGGUGAUCUGCAAAGCUUUGAAAACGAAUGGGUAGAAAUAGAGAUGAGAGCGCCGAAGGGUUGGUGUGAACCUCAGUCAAACGCGAGCUCGUCGAGCCUAUUAUCAAACAUAUCUCAUCCGAUAUCGAUUCCUAGCUGUGAUAAUAUUGAUGAAUCUGAUGUUCCCGUUUUCCUUAGAAAUGAUUUAGAUUUAUCAGAUGUAUCUGAUGAAAGAGAUUACAGUGUACCGAUGUAUAAGCAUACGCAUCUUGAUAUCGACAUUAACAAUAAGAGCGACCGCGUAGAAUGGGGUCACCUAAGGUAUCAAUCUAUACUCAAAGCCGACCAUUCCUACGAAUUAGUUGUGCAGUGGAUGGCAGCUUCGGGUAGCGUUGUUUCAGAUCUUAUAUUCAUUUGGCAACGAAAAGCUCAGCUGUGUGGAAUACAAAUGAUACCAGUUCCUAGUGAUUUGUUAGCUCUACCAUUUACUACAAAAAGUGAUCCGUUGCGUGGACCAAUUUUUAUACCAUUAGACACCGAGUGCUUAAUGGCUGGAAAACGAUACUUAUUUGAAGAGCUCCGCGAGGACACUUACGCACAGCGUCUGUUCCUCUUUCAAGAGGCGAUUCUACAGCGUUUUGGUUUUGUGCGCUGCCUCGUCGAAGGCAACGAAAACGCUCAUCAGUAUGUACACGUUUCCGGCAAUGCAUUCAUUCUUGUACCAUCGACAAUCAGUCCUCGGCCACGGCAGCAUACUGGCGCAAAUAUAAUUAGACGCAAUGCUGGGCAAAAACGAUACCCGAUUCACGCUGAGCAACCUAGUCCUCAUGAGGCCUAUAUAACGCGGCACGUUAGUGGAAAGAACAAAGACGAUUACAAUAUGGACCGACGAAUGGGAUUUUUGUGGUCGUGGAAUCACAUGCUCAGUCGAAAGUGGAAGUAUCCAACACUAAGUACUGGUGAUGAAUUGUUUCAGAAGAAAAUUAUUCAGGACUUUCGACACUUCUGCUCGAACGGCGAUAACCGCUUGAAGAGAUUCUGGGAUUCUUGUUGGGAGUUGAAGGAGAAGUUCUGUACAAACGCAAAAUAA